UUCACAUUCAAUAAGAAUCUAAAGUCUCUAAUUAAUAGCUUAAAUGGAGUUUUCACGUCUCUCUCUUUUAACUUUUUUCUGUUUGGCUAUUGCAGGAAUAGUUGCAUCUCAUUCUGACAUAGAAGGCAAAGUACUCUUUUUGGAAAAUGAUUUAUAUCCUGGCAAAAUAUUCAAAGGACUUCAAAAACUUUCUGAUGUUCAACCAUUUCGAACAAUUGGAUGGUUGCCGAUUGAAAAAGCAAAUCAACAAUCCGAAGAUGUAAUCGAAAAAGAGAGCUAUAGUCUUGAUGAGAUUUGUGGGGGUCCUCCGGCUAUAGGAGAAGACAAGUUAUGUGCAACAUCUUUAGAAUCAAUGAAAGAUUUUGCCAUUUCAAAGCUUGGGUUGAAAAUUAAGUCAUAUUCAGGCUAUUUUGCCAAAAAUCAAGACCAGUAUGUUGUUGAGGAAGUAAAUAAAAUUGCGGACAAAGGAGUUAUGUGUCAUAAAUUGAAUUUAGGUAAAGAUGUAUUUUAUUGUCACCAAGUCAAUGCGUCAACAACUUACAUGGUUCCAUUGACCGCAUCUGAUGGAACUACGGUUAAGGCAUUGGCCGCUUGUCACCAUGAUACAAGAGGUAUGAACCCAAAUUUGCUUGAUGAAGUUCUCAAAGUUAAGCCUGGGACUGUCCCGGUUUGCCAUUUUGUUGGCAAUAAGGCUGUUGCUUGGCUUCCUGUUCCUGUUACGAGUGAUUCCAAUGAUCAUCCUUGUGCAAUAUAAGGGAUUGGGAGUAAUUUGAUGUACAAAUAUUAUAUCUCUAUGUUUUCCAUGUAUUUCAAAUAAAACUAGUUCUAAACUAGUUAGAACUAUUUAUCUGUCUUUGUGCAAGUUUGUUUCCUAUGACAUGUAAGAUAAUGUAUGUUUGAAUUUCAUGAUGUUAAAAAAAAUUGUGUUUUUGAUAUCAUAUCUUCUUGAUAUGUAUAGUUCAACUCCACUAUAUAAA